CGUCCCUUCCGGCAGCAUGACUUGGGCGUAGGUCUUCGCUGGUGGGGUCUGUACUGUGAGCGGCAGGUAGAUUCUGAUAAGAGACAGUCUCGAGAGGCUGUCUUAGGCAAUGCGGGGUCAGCGACAUGGAAAGGAACAGUGGAAAGUCUGUCUCGGUUGUCGCGAUUGUGACGGAGCCUCGAUUUGCCCAGAGAUACAGGGAGUAUCUGGAGAAGCAGAAGCUCUUGGAUCCACAGCACCGAGUGGAAAAAAAGCCAGAUGGCGGUGUGGCGCUGCCGGUCUGGGGAGAGCCCCUUUCUGAACUGCACCUGCGGGAGCUGAGAGAGCGCGUGGCGCCAGGCAGCACCUGUGUGGUAGUGCGGCUCGGGGAGCCUGCGCCUUCCAAGAAGGCUCAGGGGUGUCCACCUGCCCAAAGGCUGCGUCUUGAGCUGAGCCGCUGGGUGGAAGGUCGGGGAGUGGCGUGGUCAGCUCAACUAGAGGCUGAUUUGCCCCGAUCUUGGCAGCGACAUGGUAACCUCUUGUUGCUCAGUGAGGAUUGCUUCCAAGCCAAGCAGUGGACACAGCUGCAACCAGAACUCUGGGAGGUAGUGGCCUCAGCGCUCGGUGUCCAGCGUUUGGCCAAACGAGGGCGUGUGUCAGCGGAUCGCACUCGAACUCCAGCCGUGAGACUCCUACUGGGCGACCAUGGCUGGGUGGAGCACGUGGAUAACGGGAUCCGCUAUCUGUUUGACGUGACACAGUGCAUGUUCUCCUUUGGAAACAUCACUGAGAAGCUGCGCGUGGCCUCGCUGCCCUGUGCUGGAGAAGUGCUGGUGGAUCUCUAUGCCGGCAUUGGCUAUUUUACAUUGCCCUUUCUAGUUCAUGCUGGUGCUUCCUUUGUCCAUGCCUGCGAGUGGAACCCUCAUGCUGUAACUGCUCUGAAAAAAACCCUUGAGAUCAAUGGAGUAGCAGAUCGCUGCCAAAUCCACUUCGGGGACAACAGGAAACUUAAGCUCAGGAACGUUGCUGACAGGGUGAACCUGGGUCUUAUUCCCAGUUCUAAAGAAGGCUGGCCCAUUGCCUGCCAGGUGCUUCGACAGGAUGUUGGAGGCAUUUUGCAUAUACACCAUAAUGUGGAAUCUUUUCCAGGGAAGAAUCUCCAGCCUACAGGAAUCAGCAAAAUGGAGAAGGAGCACUGGCCUGAGGAAAUUAUCACUAGUCAUCUGAAAAGUGGAACUUCCAGGGAUUCUCAGAGAAAAAAACAGUCAGCCGUCCCCAAGUUAGAGUGGCAAAAGUGGGCAGAAUCUGCAGAAACUUGCAUUGCUGCUAUUCUUCAGCAGGUGCAUGGGAAAACGUGGGAGACAAAAGUCUUGCAUAUCCAACCAGUGAAAUCCUAUGCUCCCCAUGUGGAUCAUAUAGUCCUGGAUCUGGAAUGUCGUCCCUGUCCUAUAGUUGGCUAGAGAAGGUAGAUCCUGCUACAGGAGGAUCUACAUGUAAGUGACAUUUAAUGCUCAGUCUGGCUAGGUUCGCAACCUUUCUUGCCUCCUGUUAUUCUAUUUUUAAUAUUUGUGACCCUGAAAGUAUGCUUCAGUACGAUCCAUAUCAUCACAUAUGUCUUCAGUAAGCACAGUGAAGAUGUGUUACAUAUCUGGGAGAAACAGUAUGACUGGUUGAAUGAGGUCCAUCAGGGAGACUAGUGAAGAGGCUUCCAUGGUUUUCCAGGCAUGAGAUAACUGGACUAGAGUGUUAACUGUGGGAUAUAGAUGCAUCUGAGAAACUAAAUCAAUGGGACUAGGCAGUGGAGUCUAAAUCAAAGCGUUAAGUGAUGGUGCUUUAUUAUGACUAUCUAAAAAUAAAAGGGGAGUGGUUGGGGGAUGGGACAGUAGCUAAAGCACUGGAACUAUCAAGUGUGAGGUCCUGAGUUCAAUCCCUGGCAGCACAUGUACCAGAGUAAUGUCUGGCUCUUUCUCCUAUCUUUUUCAUUAAUAAAUAAAUAAAAUAUAGAAAUUCAAAUGUAUCACCUCUAUUCCCUUAAAAUAUGGCAUCCCUAAAUAGGUGCUCUGGAAAUUUUUUAUCUGUUAGGCUGGUGCAGUAGAGGACACAUUACCAUGAUCAAGAAGGGACAAGCUUUAGGAGCACUAGAGCAGUGCUGCAGGUGUCUGUCUUCUCCUCCCUCCCCCUCUGCCUUUUGCCUUCUAUUCAAAAAAAUAAAACUAAAAAUGGCCACCUGGAGCCAUGUAGGCAUACAGUUACCAAGCCCCAGCGAUAAAAUAACCCUCAUAACAACAAAAGGGGGGGGUGAUGAACACUUUAAAUCAUAGGAAAACUAGAGUUCCAGUCUUAAGUUGUGCAGUAAGUGUCAACUGUUGACUAUUUUAAAAUUCAAGUUGAAAUCUGGGAUUUUACUGGUCUCAAACUCUUUUUAGUUUCCUUCUUUGGCUAGCAAUGUCAGGGCCAACAUUAGGAGCUCUGGGGAAUAUGAGGUAUUCUGCAAAGGUUUUCAAGCCUCACCUUUUAUGGCUUCAUCAUAGUUUACUGUUAGAAUGACUUAUGGUGGAAAACUGCUUUGUUUUCAGGCCAGUUUUGAGAUAGCUCACAGGGCUAGGGUACCUGUAUUAUACUUGCAACCCAGGGAUCUGAGCCCUAGCACCACAUGGGAGAUGCUGUGGCAGUGAAAGAAGCUUCAAUGUUAUGGUGCCCCCUACCCCUUCUGCCCCCUUAAGUGGGCAACAGAGGCACUUGAGGCUCUCUCUGGGCCAUUUGAGGUCCUGGUUCUAUGAAAGAGAGAAGGAAAAAGAGAGAUGGACUUUUCAGAGCUUCCUUUGAAUACACAUUCUUUUACCACCAGAAUUAAUCUCUGGGGCUCUGUGCCUGCUCUAGUAGCCAUCCCCCCUCCACUUAUUUAUAAAGAUGAGGGAGACAGAAGAAGAGACAUCUGCGGCACCAUACCAUUUGUCAAGUUUUCCCUUUGCAGGUUGGGACCAGGGGCUAUAACCCCAGUCCUCCUGCAUGGUAAUGUGUAUAUUCUUCUGGGGCCACCACCACCCCCUCUUCCUUAGGUGCACUCUGAAGUCAUCUGAGUUUGCCUGGUGAAGGGAAUGUAGAAAAGCAUGACUUAACAUUAGAAUUGACUACUUCUGCUGCAGGUUUGGGGGGAGGAGCAGGUAACAGGUGAUUUGUCCUGCAGCAGCGGCAAAAUUGGUGCUAUUUGUGUUACUCCACAAAUAAAUGUCUACUGUGUACAUGAACUGCAGAAAAUACAUUACUAUCCCUGUCUAAAGAUCUCACAACUUAUUAGCAGAAGUAAUGUAAAUAUUCAAAGAAUUUGAGUAAAUAUGUAAAAAAUAGAAAAGAAAAAAAAAAAAAAGCUGGAGCAGUGGAUUCAUUCCGCAGGCAGAUUAACAGCAGUGACCCUGGUAGUGAUUUGUAUAACUGUCUGUUUAUCUUCAUAUGUACCAUCACCUAGGCUUCUGUCCAUCAGUUAUCAAGGACAUUGAAGUCUAUUUGUAGAUAUUUCUGCUUUGCCUUGAAAUUCUAUUAAUUUA